AGUCCGUAUAUCUGGGUCGAACCGGAACUACGUUCAAUCCCUGAUGACGACCUACACCAUGACGGGAGAGACUCGCAGUGGUCGGCCGGUGUACAAGUCCUCAUAUGAUUACUACCUGUUCUACUACCAAUCGGGUGAUAGUUGGUAUGUCAGUACUCGCUUGAGGAAUGAUUAUGUAUACAUGUACGUGGACGACACCAGCAAUUACGCUGAAGACAUCUCUGGGACCUGGUAUCUGGUCGACGGCACAAACAGUUUUCGGCCAAACAGCCUUGUCCGAGUCACUUGUGUGAGUGGGGGGCUCAGUGGCGGCGCCAUUGCCGGAAUCGUCAUCGGGGUGCUGGCCGGUGUCUGCCUGUUGGUGGUAGUGCCAGUUACGAUCUGUCUUUGCAAGAAAAGCGGGGCUGUAUCACCUGCGUAACACAGCACUAUCGGCCAUGACAUGGCGAAGGAUAGUUAAGGCCAUGAUGGGGGUUCACCAGUGAUUGUUGCUUUGUUUGGUUGUUAUUUUGUUGCAGGUACUUUAAUCGAAUGUUGUGACGUGACUGAAAAAAAAACUGAAGUUUAAAAUGAGUUUCUCUUUUGUUGCAGUUUGCUUACAAGUCGGUAUAAACUUAUCUCUCUCGU